AUGGCUCUACCUAAACUUCCCAAAGUGGUUGAGGAUGUCAAGGCGCGCCCUUUCAAGAAGAACUACAUUCUGUUCUGGAACAAUCUGGGUCUUGACCUAAACCGUAUCGUGCACACUUUCGCACCUGGCGGGCCGCAGGACGGCCCGCCAGUCUCCGCAAGAGCCUUAGCGAUUCUUCACCUUGCGAUACAUGAUGCAUAUUUUGGGGUAUUCCCUUGGAAGGAACAUACGGGGGUUGUAACUCUCCCGGACAUCCCAUUGUACCUAGAUGAAAAUAGAAUUGGGGAAACUGAGGCACCAACGAGUGAGGAGGCGAAAGAUGCCGUCGCUGGGGCUGCCAUCAGGGUUCUACGCAAGUUGUAUACCGAGCCAAAUAAGCCAAAUCCUAUUGGAUCAGACCCCAGCCAAGCGAGACAGAUUACGCAGAGUCUGGCUGAUUUCAUCGAUACAAAUGUCAACACCUAUACCGACUUCCAUGGGCUGAACGUCGGAUCCAAAGGCUAUCAACAUGGAGUCAAGGUUGCUGACAGAAUUCUCAUCGAACACGAAGUCAAGAGUACUGACAUCGGCGCUGGUUCAGGAGACUAUAAGCCGAAAUCAGGUGAAGCUUUUGCGUUUGAUGAUGACCCAUCCCAUCCUGUCAGGCUUCGCCCAGACCUGGGCAAUAAGGCAAUGCGCCCAUACCAUGGGCCGAAAUACGGCACAACAGCCACUAUUAUGGCAGCGACAAAAGACUUCAAAAUAGCAGAACCAUACAUCAAACCUGGAUAUCCCAUCCCCCUGUCGGGCAAUGAUGUCAGAUACAACCAAUACCUUGAGUCUCUAGAAGAUGUGUACAGAAUGGGAGGAGCGGAGGGCCUCCCAUCAACCCGCAGGCGCCCGGCUCAAACCGCUGAGGCCUUGUUUUGGGCUUACGAUGGAGUCAAACUCAUCGGCACGCCUCCUCGUCUCUAUAACCAGAUCAUUCGCCAAGUCGCCUUCGACAAGGCGAAACAACCGAUCGAUUCCGAUCGCAACAAUGCCGAUUUUGCGCGACUGCUGGCUCUCGCGAACGUCGCAAUGUCCGAUGCUGGUGUCUUUUGCUGGCGCGAGAAAUACGCCUACGAAGUCUGGCGCCCGUUGUCGGGAGUCAGACAGCAUCCGGGCGAUUCAGCACCAGAAGGUGCGGCACGGCCUUUCUGGAAGGUUUUAGGCGCACCCGCGACGAACAGCGACGAAGGCGGCUUCAAGCCUCCUUUCCCAGCCUACCCUUCAGGUCAUGCAACAUUUGGUGCAGCAGCCUUCCAGGUUGUUCGUCGAUUCUAUCACGAACGAUGUACUGGACCAGUUAUUUCGGCGUUGUUGGAUACCCAAAAGGGUGAUCCUACAGGCCAGAGCGAGGAGUCAACCACAAACAAAGCAUCGAACAUUAACGGUGCCCCUUCAAAUCCUCCUAUCUGUGGGAACGAUACAUUAGGGUUCACCUUUGUAUCGGAUGAGCUUAACGGUAUCAGCCGUGAACUCUACCAGGCCUACAUCCCGACCGUAGAUUUGAAGGAUCAACCGGGGGAUGUUCGCACCCGCAUCAGUUUGACCUUUAAGUCAAUGAAGCAUGCGAUCUAUAGUAAUGCGAUCUCCCGCAUUUGGCUUGGCGUGCACUGGCAUUUUGACGCCUUUGCGGGAUAUGAUAUCAUGCAUCCAUACGCCGAUGGGGAGACACCUGCAACUGGCAAAGACAAGUUUAAUGAGCCGAAACGUGGUCCUGGCUACGACACGAAUCCUUACAGACCGAAGUGUUAUAAACAACUGUACCAAUGUGAUGCUGACGGAUCAACAAAGUAUCGUGAAGUUGAGGAGAUGAACUGGUUUCAUACCAGCACCACCGUGGGAAAGGACACGCGGUACUACGGUGGUGUGCCCUUGGGCAUGCAAAUUGCCGACAACAUCUUCGAAACUGGAAUGAAGAGCGAGGGAAGUUUGCUGAAUCUGUCACCACAAUCCUGCUGA